AUGGACGCCAAUACCAUCUACGAGAAAGUCAACGAGCGCUACAGCGCGACAGCUCUAGCCGCGGACAAUGUUCAGUAUGGCAAGGCCGUCGCUGAAGCCUUUGGAUAUUCUUCUGAAGAGCUGGCAUCCAUCCCGGCUGAAGCCAACCUCGGAUUGAGCUGCGGGAACCCGCUCGCGCUGGCGAAGUUGAAGGAGGGCGAGACGGUUGUGGACCUGGGCUCUGGCGCCGGCUUUGAUUGCUUCCUCGCUGCAAAGAAGGUUGGAGAGAAGGGCAAGGUGAUCGGUGUGGAUAUGAAUGAGGACAUGCUCGUAAAAGCACGCCGCAACGCGGAGAAAGGCAACAUCACAAACGUCGAAUUCGUCUACUCCAAGAUCAGCCAGAUGGACCUCCCCGAUGCCUCCGCAGACGUCAUCAUCUCCAACUGCGUCGUCAAUCUGGUGCCCGACCCCGAGAAGCCGCUCGUGUUCAAGGAGAUCCACCGGCUGCUCAAGCCGGGCGGUCGCGUCGCCAUCUCCGAUAUCCUCACCAAGAAAGAACUCACGGAGCAGAUGAAGAAAGAUGUCGCACUCUACGUGGGCUGCGUAGCCGGCGCGAGCAUGAAGGAAGACUAUGAGAAGUGGUUGAAGGAGGCGGGCUUUGACGAUGUGCUGGUUGUGGAUGCGGGGUCAGAUUUGAAUGUCUAUGUGCAGGCGGAUGGGGGUGAGACAGUGGGGAGUAUGUGCUGUGGACCGGUGCAAGAGGAGGGUGGGAGUGGAUGUUGUGGUGCUAGUGGGAAGAAGCAGGACGGUAGUGAGUGUUGUGGUGCUGGGAAGAAGCAGGACGGAGGUGUUGUGGAGGAUAUCAAGACUAACUUCAAGGAUGUGAACUUGAACGAAUGGGCGGGAUCCUACAAGAUCUUCGCUGUCAAGUCUUCCUAA